AUGGUUAAUGUGGUAUUGGGCUCCCAAUGGGGUGACGAAGGUAAAGGUAAGCUUGUAGACUUGCUAGUGGGAAAAUACGAUAUUGUUGCCCGUAGUGCAGGAGGUAAUAACGCAGGACACACGAUUGUGGUGAAAGGUGUGAAGUAUGACUUCCAUAUGCUUCCAUCGGGUCUAGUGAACCCAAAUUGCCAAAAUCUGAUCGGAAACGGUGUGGUGAUGCACAUCCCAUCUUUUUUCCAGGAAUUGGAACAACUGGAGGCCAAGGGUCUAUCAGACGCUCGCUCAAGACUGUUUGUGUCUUCCAGAGCGCACUUGGUGUUCGAUUUCCACCAACGCACCGAUAAGCUCAGAGAAGCCGAGCUUUCGGGCCAUUCCAAGGACGGAAAGAACAUCGGAACCACCGGAAAGGGUAUCGGCCCCACCUAUGCCACCAAGGCAUCCAGAUCCGGUCUCAGAGUGCACCAUUUGGUCAACGACGAGCCAGAGGCCUGGGACGAGUUUGUGGCCAAGUACAAGCGUCUUGUGGAAACCAGACAACAGCGUUAUGGGCCUUUCGAAUACGACUCAGAAGGUGAGCUACAACGUUUCAAACAAUACCGUGAAGAGCUUAGACCUUUCGUGGUCGACUCUGUCGUGUUUUUGAACGAUGCCAUGCGUGCCAACAAAAAAAUUCUGGUCGAGGGUGCCAACGCUCUCAUGUUGGACAUCGAUUUUGGUACUUAUCCUUUCGUCACAUCUUCCAACACCGGUAUCGGUGGUGUCUGCACCGGUCUAGGUCUACCUCCAAAAGCCAUCGACGAAAUCUACGGUGUAGUCAAGGCCUAUACUACCAGAGUCGGCGAGGGUCCUUUCCCAACCGAGCAACUAAAUGAAUUUGGUGAGAAAUUGCAAGAUAUUGGUGCCGAAUACGGUGUCACCACUGGUCGUAAGCGUCGUUGCGGUUGGUUGGACUUGGUGGUUCUCAAAUACUCCACUUUGAUUAACGGUUACACUAGUUUGAACAUUACCAAACUGGAUGUUUUGGACUCAUUCAAAGACAUUCAAGUGGGUGUUUCUUAUUCUUUAAGAGGUAAGAAAUUGGCCUUAUUCCCCGAGGAUCUCAUCACCCUAGGAAAGGUUGACGUUGAAUACGUCACUUUGCCAGGUUGGGAACAGGACAUCACCAAGAUCACCGAAUACAAUGAUCUUCCUGAAAAUGCCCAAAAAUACUUGAAGUUCAUCGAGGACUUCGUUGGUGUUCCUAUUGAAUGGGUGGGCACUGGUCCUGCUAGAGAAAGCAUGCUCUACAAACAGGUUAAAUAG